AUGACGGCAUUGUCGGAUCAUCACUUUGAGAGCGGGCAUGACUUUCAGUUUGACGCUGCUCAUAUUUUAGACUAUGAAUCUCAUUUUCUAAAACGUAACAUCAGUGAGAUGUUUUUCAUUAAAGUGUUUGAUUGCGUCAACUUUAGGUCUAAUACUCAGGGAGUCGGCAUGGUAGAUAGGAGAAGCACAACUGUUUUUAACAUUGCAGUUGUUUACACUCAGUCUGUUGCUGUUUGUCUUGAAUGUACUUAUUUUUGCCUGAUGAAGUUGUGA